UAUAUCUCGAAGUCUCCUAUUGGCCCGUUUGCACCCCCUGCUUAUUUUUCAUUGGUUCCUUGUAGCUUAAACUGCAAGCAUGUUCAUAUGAGUGAACUUCGUUAGCUUCAUGAAAUAAACUACAAUCGACAAUCAACAGGGAUGGGAGAGCCUCCUGCGGUGAGCCCUCAGCAGCUAACAGGAGGCGAGGAGUGACGCUGAAAGAGGCAGCUGGGAUUGCUCUGGGAAAUGAAGAAGUUAUUCGGCUUUACGAAGAAAAAGAAGAACUCAUCUGGCACCUCUGACAAUGUCAGCGCUCUCUCUGAUGGCUACGAACUGAAAGACAAAGAUCUGGGCAAAAUCCACAAAGCUGCCCUCCAGGCUGACUUGGCAAAGCUGAAGCAGCUGCUUAAGAAAAAUGAUGUCAAUCAAGUUGACAAGGAAAGCAGAACUGCGCUUCAUGUUGCCUGUGCUACUGGUCAUGCUGAAGUGGUGCAGCUCCUUGUUGAUAGCAAAGCCAAGCUUGACCUACGAGACAAUCAACACAGAUCCGCCUUAAUGAAGGCUGUUCAGGGCCAGCAUGAGGGCUGCUUGACUAUAUUGUUGGAAAACGGAGCCAGUCCCAAUCUAGAGGACAUCAAUGGGAACACAGCCCUCCAUUUAGCAGCAAACAUCCCGUCGCUAUCCAUGGCAGGACUGUUGCUGCACCAUGGGGCCGAAAUCAACGCUCAAAACAAGGAGGGCUUCACGCCGCUGACCGUAGCAGUCCGUGAGGACCGGUUAGAAAUGGCCGAGUUUCUCCUGAAAGAGACGGCUGACGUGAAUUCUCUGGACCGAGAACACAGGUCUCCUUUGAUGCUCGCUGCCGGCGGCGGGCAACACAGGAUGGUCAAGCUUCUCUUGCAGUUCCAGCCAGACGUCACGAUUCAGGACGACAAAGGCUGGUCAGCUGAUGACUACGCAGUAAGAAAUGGCCAUAACAGUUGUUGUCUAUUGAUCACAGAACAUGGAACCAAGCAGACUCCUAGAGCCUCCGUCUCACAUCCAGGUCCAAGCAAGAAGAAAAACAUUUUGGCUUUUCCUUCCCAAGAUGUUGACACAAGCUUUUCUUUAGGAGGACCAGCCACUAAUAAAGAGCGUGGAACAAAUGAAGCAGGGGGAGAUUUGGAAGAUGAUUCCUUGUCAGAGUCAGUUAGUCGAGCUUCUAAAAGUGCGAAUGAUGAGUGGCCUUCAACAGAGGAUGAGGAUGAAUCUGCAGAAAAGAAACCAUCUAAGAUCAGCCAAAUAUUUGGAUCUAAAAUGGGAAAAGCUCCUGUGCUACCCGAAACGUCCCGGAGUGACACAGAAUCAGAGGAGGAAAGUGAAACUGGUGUCCAAAGAAUCCCAGCCUCUCCUCAGCACCCAGUAGAUCUCCCAGCCGUUUCCUCCCUUCUUCCCAAAUCACCCCGGAUGGCUUCUACUCCUCUCCCAAGCGCUAGAAAGGGAGAAAGUUCACUAAAAGGAGUAAAAGGAGAGCGAUAUUUAGGGGCUAACAACUCCCAGCAGGCAGCCUCUGUCAGUGAGGACUCUGAAGAAGACGCAGAGGAAGAAGAAAUUGAGGAAGAGGAGGAGGAAGAAGAAGAAGAGGAUGAUGAUGAGGAGGAGGAAGAGGAGGAGAGUGUAGAAAGUGAUGAAAGUGAAGAAGAGGAGGAAAAUGAGGCUUAUGAAUCUGAGGCAGAAGGCUCUACGGUGGAUUAUACCACAGCUGAUGCUCAAAACGCUCCUUACACUGAUUCCCCUCCUCCCACUGGGUCUGCUGUAAAACUCCAGAUUAAUUAUAUAUCGGAGAAAAGUGACAAAGCAGAGGCAGAAAACACGGAUCUCAACAGACCCGAUGGAGCCCAAAGCUUUGCCCGGCCAGCAACACUAGAUGUUGCAGAGGACUGCAUUGUUUCUGCCAUUAGGGUGGAAUCUAAGCUGUCUGAUGAAGACGAGGAAUGCAUGAAGCCAUCACAUCUCCAAAUCAAUCCAAAUCAAUGUCCAACAGAAAGAUGGGUCCGGUCACCUGGCAGGAUCAAAGAUGUAGGGUCAGACAGAGAAACAGGAGAUGAGGACAAGGAUUCCUUGAGCGAUAAGCAAAACAGUGCAGACAGCCAUGAUGAUCAGGGAGGCAAUGAAGAAGAGGGAAUGGGCGGCAGCGCUUUGAUCGCCCUUCCAAGAUCGCUGUUAGCCAAGGUCGGAGAAAACACUGAAUCUGAUGUGGAAGACCAUGGAUCGUCAGAGAGGGAGCCUUUUAAACGUAGAUCCUCAUGGGGCUCCUCGAUGGAGGGAAGUGACGCCGACGAACCUGAAGAGAGGCAGGCAGAUGAUCACGUCCUACAACAAGAACAGGAUGUUCCAGCACUGGGAAAGCAGCAGCAAGCAGCUUCUUUACCUCCAGAAGUGGAGCAGCAUGCUACCUCAUUGGAGUCUUCCUCACCUCUAUCGCCAUCUGCAAAACCAGGUCUGCAAAGUUCUCCUGAGGCUCGAAUCAAACCAGCUGCAGCAACUGCAGGUGAAUCUGACUGGGAUUCUUCCGAAGCCGACAACCAAGAAGAUCCUGGUGCUAAAUAUGACGCUACCUCAGCUGAUUCUCAAGCAGCUGCUGAGGCUCACUGCAAGGUGAAACAUACGCACCAAUUCUCCUUGGAAGAAGAGGACAGACACGGGAUUUAUAAAGAAUCCAGUGACCCCUCCCUGGUAGCACCCGAGAAUGAAAGCCCUAAACAGGCAGCGUUUGAGGACGGAGAACCAGCAGCGUCUUUCUUGAAAAUGGAAGAAAGGUUUGAUUCUGAAAAGGAGGAAGGGGGCAGCAGUAGUUGGGAAGAUGAAAGUGCUGAUUCAGAGAAGCAGCUAACAUCACUUCCAACUGAUGUCAAUUUGCCGUCACUGAACCCCGAAGACGGAAGGUCAGUCGAUGAGAAAGACGCCAAAACAGACUUUAUUCAGGCUGAUGACAACAAAGUGAUUCCCUGCUCCCUUAUUGAUGGACGUUAUGAUGGCAAAGAUGAAACCAAAGCUCAGGGAGAACAGAUGCAUGCUGGGAAAAUCCAGAGUAAAGACAGUGAGUCUAGUGAGGACUCAGACAGCAAGCAUCAAAAACUCCAGUAUAGCUUUGCUAGCGCUACAAUCAAACCACUAGAUGUUCCUGAUUCUGUUGGCGCUACUGGUUUGAGUGGACAUGUAGGUGGCAGGUCAGUGGAUGAGAGUGAAGCUAGAUUAACAUCAUUUGCUCCACUUGAAAAUAAAACUGGAAAAACAGGAGGGUCGUAUGACGACGGACGGAGCAAAGAUCUGGGUGCCAGUGGCCAGCUUCUGAGUUCAGAGGUGUCUGAUGAGGCGUUACCUCAGACUGACAUUGAUGAUGUGGACCUAAGCUCAUCUGAUCCAUCUGAGAACACCAGCAUGAGAUUCCCAGAGCUAAAACACACUGCAGAGACUGAUGUUCAGCAACUAAAUUCCACUGAGGAUGAGGAUGAGCAAGAGGGUGAUGAAGAGGACCAUGACAACCAGUCUGAAGAUGGUGGGAAGGUCUGUGACGCAGCUUCCACUCUUCACAAAGCAGAAGGUGGUCAAGUUAUAGAAAGAGAUUUUCGCUCAGAGCUUGGUCUGACCACAGAGGAAGAGGAGGAAAGUCCAUGGGACUCUGAACCCAACUCUGAACUUUCCAACAUACCUCAUAAAGAGGAGCAAGAUCUAGAUGGUCUAAUUCUAGAAGAAAAGCCUGCUCUUCAGGAUCCCCUCAAAGAAAAUAUGUUUUACAUUCCUUCUUUUUUAAGAGGGAAGGGAUGCAGUAGGAUGGCAGAGGUGUGUGUAGGCACGCCACAAGGCAGCCAGGGAGAGGCUGGAAAAGACGGUAAACAGGAUGUAGGGGGGGGCGCUGAUAAAGACGCUACACUACAGAAAAAGAGUGAAAGUCCAAAACGGGAACUGCGAAGAAUUUUCAGCAAACCUAAAGAAGAAAUGGACAUCGGGGAAGAGCUCGGCGUGGGAGACGUCGACGAUCUGGAAGAUGGAUCAGACUGGGAUUCUACCAGUAUUCCCAGUAAGGGGGCCUUGCCUGGGUACCCUGAGCUCAAAGAGUUUCAGGAAGAUGCUAAUUCUUCUGGUAGCGAACAGAUUGAAGAUGCUGCUCCUGCCGGCACACCAACCCAGUCCGCUCCUCAGCCCCGACCCCGUGUGAGGAUGAGGAUCCCUCAGAAACCGGACAGCGAGGAAGAAUCAGAUUCAGAGCCAGAGAAAACGACAGGCUCUGAAAAGAAGUCUUUGUCUGACAAUCAGCUGCAAAAUGUUGCUGAGCAGCUGGCAGGUUCUGCUGAACUCUCAGUGACGACAGGAAAUACUGAAAGAGGCUUAGACUUUGAAGACCAACAAGUAAAGGACAACAAGGGUGCAGAAGGUGGAUGCGACUUCAGUUUGCAAAACUUAGGCCCCGCAGGCUCUGACACUGAAGAACAGGACGAUGAUGGCCUUAAAGAAAAGUCUGGUGGAGAUAAACCCUGGGAGAAGCGCUACGAGAACCUCUGGGUGGAGUUGGAGAAAAAGGAGGUCAAAUCCUCCUUUAAGAGUGUCGCUGGGGAAUUAAAAGAGAAGUUUGGAGAAAUGUUGAACUCAGGGAGUCUGUCAGAAAAGGCUAGCCCUGCAUCCAGCUCUGCAGAUGAUGAUUCCAGUGAAGAAGUGGAUGAAGAAGUCACUGUUGGACCUGCAGCUAGAGCGACAUCUACUGUUCUGCUUACCAGACAGGAGGGGUCCGCUUUAGGGCCCCCUGAUCACUCCAUGUGUGAGGAACGGUGGCAGGACUGUGAUCAGGCAGUUCGGGAUCAUAAGUCCGCUCUAAUCACAGCUGAUGUUCCAGGCGCCUCUUCAUCACAGCUCAGCGCUGCCCAGGAAAGGGAAGAGCAUUUAAACCAAAGGGAUAAAACCAAAACCCAACUUCAUGAAGCUGGGAGGAGCAUUUCACCUUCAGGGUCUGAGCCGCCUCUACAUCUAGACGUCUCCAACAGAGAAGGACACGAUGAAGAGGACGUGGCAAAGUUUACCUCUGAGAUCAUCAGCAAACCAGCAGCUAAACUAGAGGAGGGAAAGCCGUUAGCCUCCUGGGAUAGCAGUGAAACGGGGGGAAAACCUGAGACCUGCGCAGGAAGCCGGAUGGAUCGAGCUGAAGAAUGUGAUCAGGAGCAGCUUUUUCCUUCAAAAAGAGCUGCAGUCCAGCAGAGCAGCAAGAGGAAAGAGAAGCCAGGUGUAGCAGGAAGAUUCCAGAUGGAGCUGCAGGCCCCAGGGCCCCCGUCCAGCGGGGCCCCUCAGACCUGCAAACAUGAAGAUCCCUUCUCUGUGUUUGAGGAGAGUCCUUUAAGUGACGUGUCGGACGAUGAAAAAAGGUUGUUGACUAGAAGGCAGCAGAAAAGGAAGAUGCAGAAGCCUGAAGACAUAGACACAGCAGAUGAUUUAGAUGAGCUGACCGAGUCCUCGGACACAGCCACAGAUGACAUGGACUCGCCCACCUCAGGCUACCGUCACGCCUCCCUCCUCAUGCAGAGGCUGACUUCAUCCACUUUUGACUCAACCAGUAUCACAAAGCUGCAGAACAUUUUCCAUGAGUAUGAACGCGCCAUCGAAAAAGUGAAAAGCCGCCAUGGGUAUCUGGAAGAGAAGGUUAGCCACCUGGAAAUGGAAAGGGAGGCGCUAAAGGGCUCCCUGGAGGAGGUUAAAGAUGCAAAAUCUCUGCUGGAGCGCAACCAGUUAGAACUGCAGACCCAAGUCACAAACCUGAAAUUUCAACUGAAGCAAGAGCAGGAAAACCGUCAUAAUGCCACCAUGAUGUACAACGCUACCAGGGACAAGCUGCGGAGGUUGGAGGAGCAGCAUCAGAUGGAGGUUCAGGAGAAGCAGAAAGUGGAGCUGACACUAAGAAACGUGGAGCUGGAUAUGAGAACGCUGAUCAGCAACGCCAAACAGCUGGAAGAGGAGCACGCCGAGACGCAGAGGCUGCUGGCUCAGGAACGCAGCACACGGGCCCUGCAGGAAAACCUGCUCAACAGUCAUCUCAGAAAGCAGCAAGAGAUGGAGGUGGAGAACAAGAGAAUCAUCAGCAGCAGCAGUGAGGCUUUGUCUCAGCUCACAGAAGCCAGUGACAGAGAACGAGAGCUUCUCCAGCAGACGGCUUCGCUGCAGGAGCAGCUGUCCAUGCUGAGGACCGAUCUUGAACGAUCGCAGGCGAACGGCGAGCUUAAAGAGAGCCAUCUGCUGGAGGAGAACGAGACGCUGAAAGAGCAGCUAGAAGACGCUCGGCGAGACCUCAAAAUCAGCAACGACAGCGUAGCCCAGACCGUCUUCACCUGCCACAACCAGCUGGCCGCCCUCAAGGCAGAGCUGGCAAAAACGGCGAGCCGACUGGAAAACGAACGGCAGGCCCGUGAGACGCUGGAGGCAGAGGUGGAGUCGACGCGCAGCCGCCUGGCCGGGGCCGUGAAGGAGGCGGAGCUCCGUCUGGCGGCUCAUUCAGACUCUGAGAAAACUUUGAUCUGGGAGAGAGAAGAACACCAGAGAAUCAGAGACCGACUCAAUGGUGAAUUAGCCUCCCAGCGUGAGGCAGUAAGCAGCCUGUCACAGAAGCUGGCCAAAGCUGAAGCUCGUGCAAACAGCAUGGAGAACGAGGUGCAUCGGGUCACUCUGCAGCUAACGGAGAAAGGUCUGCUGCUGGACGUCCUGCAGAGAGAGAAGGAGCAGGCGGCGACUCGCACCAAGGAACUAGAAAACGCUCUGCAUGCAGAGAGGGAGCAGGUCAGCCGUGCAGCGGCGCGCCAUGAAGCAACGCAAGAACGGCUAGCCCAAGCCCAGAGCGAGGCCAUGCUGCUACGGCAACAACUAGAGGAGGCCAACAACAAGGGGUCUGCAAAGGAGCGUGCCGUCACAGACGCCCAGGAGCGCUUCACGGACAUCCUGUCCAAGCUGCGCUCUGAUGGCGAGGGGAGGGUUCAGAUGGUGGAGGACAGAAACAAGGAGCUGGCUGCCAAGGCUGCAGAUCUUCGUGAUCAGAUUUAUAAGUUAGAGGAAGAAAAAAAUGAACGAGAGACCAGCAUGAGGCAGCUGCAACAGGAGCUAGCCGACUCUCUGAAGAAGCUGUCAAUGAGCGAAGCCUCCCUGGAGGUCAACACACGCUAUCGCAACGACCUGGAGGAGGAGAAAGCUCGGCUCCUCAAAGACAACGACCGACUCAGAGGAAAGCUUGAUGAAAGCGAGGAUCAGUACGUUCAGGCAGAGCGACGGAUCAACAGCCUGAAGAGCAGUCUGGGGGACAGGGAGAAGGAACUUAGCAGUGCAGCUCAGAAACUCCAGGAGGCGCUGUCUGCCGCCGCUGCUGCCGAGCUGACCGUCAAACAGCUGGAGGGCGCCGUGCAACGGCUGGAGAUCGAGAACGCCCGACUGGAAGCUGCUGCAAAGCAACAGGCCAAUAAGAUUGAGGUUCUUCAGAAAGGAGCUCAGGAAGCUGCUAUGCUAGCUGACAGCUCAGCUGGAGGAGGGGUGCGAGGCCGUCUGGAAGACAUGGUAACUAAUCUCCAAAGCAGCAAAAUGACCUUAGAGGAGCAGCUGAACAAAGAGGUCCAAAAACAAAGCAGGUUAUCUCACAGCGCUCAGGAUUCCCAGACGCUGUGGGAGGAGGAGCUAAAGAGCCGCUCUAAGUUAGGCCUGCGUCUGGCCGAGCUGGAAAAGGAAAAGGGAGAGCUCACCUCUCAGAUGGAGAUGGAAAAGAAGAAAGCGAAGAAAAUGGCCGAGCAGAAGAAGGCGGCCGACACGCGCCUCGAUCAGGAGAUGAAGAGGAACAUGGAGCUUCAGAAAGAAAUGUACAGGCUACGCACUUUAUUGAAGACUGCAAAGAAGAAGCUGCGGGAUCAAUACGGCGGUGGAGCCGAGGCGGCCUCUCUGCGGUUGGAUCAGGGCCGACCGGCUGACGCCACUUUGGCAUGGAUGAAGGAAAAGGUGGAUGAUCUGCAGGGACAGCUGGAGAAGGAAACGUCUCGUCGUAACCAGCUAGAGAAGAUCAACGAGCAGCUUAAGGAUCAGGUGGCGUCCCUAAAAGGAUUGGGCCGUAGUCACGAUGAGCAGGAGAGAAGCAGGAGGCUGCUGGAGGAGGAGGUGUUGGAACUGAGGCGCCGACUGGAGGCCAAUCAGAUCCAGAGGGAGCAGCACCGCCGUGAGAUGGAGGAGAAAGCCCAGCGGGACCUUAAAGACAAACUGGAGCAAGUCAACCUGUUCCUGCAGUCCCAGGCAGCUUCUCAAGAACAACUAGACCAGCUUAAAGCUGCCAACGAGGCCAACCUGCGCACCCAGCUGGAGCAGAGGAUCCAGGAGCUGGAGGCGGAGCUUGGCCGGGCCCGCAGCGGUCAGCUGGAGAGUCUGAACCAAAGAGAGUCUGAGCUGGAGCGCCACCGACAGCUCUACAAUGAAGAGAUGCGCCAGCGGAAGUCCCUCGCUGCUAAACUGGACAGGGCCAACAGUCGGCUCUCAGAAGCUAACUCCAAGCUGCUCAGCGAGCGCAGCAGGUCUUUCCUGGCUAACGGGAGCCCGGUGCGUCUCUCCCCAGUGGACCCCGGGGCCGCCGUCGGGUCCCUCAACAGGAGCUUUGGUUUUCCCCUCAGUCCUGUGACAGAGCGCGGGGUGGAGGACUACCUGGCUAAGAUGCAGAGUGAGUUGGAUAAAAACAUAUCGAAAGAACUGAGCAAAGCUGCAGCAGAGCUGGACGCCGCCUCCAUCCGUCUGUCUCCUGUGGGCUCGGCCGGCGCAGCCGAGCUGGACCCCCUCAGCAGAGCAACGCAGCAGUAUUUGGAGGUGCUGAAGAAGAACCGUAGGAUCUAACUCCACAUUUUAGCUGCCAACCAUCAGAAACUAAGAAGAUUUUAACCCAUGUUUGGUUUUUUAUCUUGUGUCAUGAAAAAAAAUCUACUUUAUUGCACAUUGAGGGAGGAGUCUCUGAACAGGAACAAUUUAAAAAAAAAAAAAACCUCAGAAGUAUUUUUCUGGAUGAAAUCCUAGUUUGGAUUUUUAUUUUGGAGAAUUUCUGUAUUUGUAUUUCUUUGUUUUGGCCAGUUUAUGUCGUCUGGUACGUGCCAUCCAAUGGUGCAAUAUCUGUUGCAGUCUUAAAUAUCGAUUUAUUUAUUUACUUAAUGAACACUAUAAACUUGAAGAUGACGAGCUGGAUUCCUCUCCGGCUAUAAAACAUUUCAGAUUUUUUAGUUGGUUUGAUUAAAAGGCCAGUUUGCUAUUUGUUUUUUCUUCAGAUAAAGUUUUUAUUUUGAAAAUAUUGCUGUAAUGCAUCAAAUAAAUGAGGAAAAAGAAACUAUAAA